UAUCAUGAGGGUGAGUAAAUGAUGAGAGAAUUUUCAUUUUUGGGUGAACUAUCCCUUAGUUAGUCCCCAGAGCAAGCCAAAGGUGACUGUGGCAAGAUGGUAUAACCCUCUGGAGACAGUAAAAAUAAAUAUCUAAGUAAAUGAAAAAAGCUGGGGGAAAAAAAAGUAAAAGUCUGAAAUUCUUGAAGAAGAAAAAAAACCUUGCUUAACUAGUUUGGAAUAAACUUUAUUAUUAUUUAUAAAAAAUAAAAAAAUAAAAAUAAGCAGUGAAACAAUUUAGCUUAAAACUAAUAUUAAUAUUUGAAAAACCUUUGUCCACCAAAUCAAAGGCAGGUGGUGUAACCAACAUGCAGGUAGCAGUUAUUGUUAUGUGGCCAAAAACAAACAAACAAGAGAGGACCCAUUUAGACCCUUCUGAUUGUAUUUGAAGUUAAACAGAAAACAAAUAAACAAAAGUGAUAGUUUUACAUUUUGUUUAGGUCAAAUGGAGUAAGAAAACUAAUUGAUAUUCCUGACUUGAAAAUUCAUGAUAUUUGUAUAUACACAGUACUGUGCAAAAGUCUUAGGCACAUAAGAUGUUUCACAAAAACAUUUGUCUUAAAAUGGUUAUUUAUAUCUUCAGCUUUAGUGUGUCAAUAGGAAAUAUAAAUGUUAGACUCCCAAACAUUACUUUUGCAAAUAGAAAAGAUUAGAAUAGAAGAACAGGGAGCCCUGCAACAGAUGUCAUGUUCCCCACAAAGCCCCCCACUGAACAUCGAGUCAGUCUGAGAUUACAUAAAGAGACAGAAGCAAUUGAGACAGUCUAAAUAGAUAGAAGAACUGUGGAGAAUUCUCCAAGAAGCUUGGAACAUCCUAUCUGCCAACAACCAAGAAAAACUGUGUCCAGGUGUACCUUGGAGAAUUGGGGCUGUUUUAAAGGCAAAGGUGGUCACACCGAAUAUUGAUUUAUCUUUUUUAUGUUUACUGGACUUUGUAUGACAUUAAGUGAUCAAUGAAAACUAUUUAUGGCAUUAUUUUGAAGACAUCCUUACUAUGCAACAUUUAUCACAAGUGCCCAAAACUUUUGCACAGUACUGUAUUUUUAUAUAAACUUUUUAAAAUUAAUGAUUGUUGUGUUCAGUUACGAGUAUUUUAAAACAUUUUACUUGAUGUUACACCACUUGACAUUUUCAAAGUAAUUUUUCUAUUAUUAUUAUUAUUUAAUGCUGUAAAUGUUUUCCAAAAAUGUAUGAACACCUCGUGACAACUGUUUCACUAAACGUGCUAUAUUCAAUACAGUCAGCAGAGUAUUCUCAAACAGAGAGAGAGAGUUUCACUCUCAGUUUUGCGUUCUUUACGUAAGAGAAAGUUAAUCUACUUCCUGGUGUAAACCUCGGACAUGAUCAAUGGCUCAUUUCAACUUUGCGCUGUUUAAAAGUUGUAAAUAUCGGAAAUGAAUGCUUGCAUAACCUUCUCAAAAACCAAUUUGAGCUGCUCUUUAUAAACGUCAGUGCUUUUUGCAGAAUUGAACAAUGACAGAUUCAAACAAACCUCAACGCAAGCUGUCCACAGCCGGAGACAGUUUAUACAAGACAUUAGGCCUGGAGAAAGGAGCUUCAUCUGAAGAUAUUAAGAAGGCAUACAGGAAACUGGCACUGAAGUAUCACCCAGACAAGAACCCCAAUAACCCCGAAGCAUCUGAGAAGUUCAAAGAGAUCAACAAUGCCAACACCAUCCUCAACGAUGAGACCAAACGACAGAUCUAUGACGAGUACGGAUCCAUGGGCCUCUACGUUGCAGAUCAGUUUGGAGAAGACAGCGUUAAAUAUUAUUUCCUCAUGUCCAAGUGCUGGUUUAAGACUGUGCUCGUGUUGGGCAUGCUUUUCACCUGCUGCUGUUGCUGUUGCUGCUGCUGUUUCUGCUGUGGAAAAUGUGGGGGUCCAGAGAACGAAGACAACUUUCAGUAUGUGGAUCCGGAUGAACUCGCGGCUGAGAUGACAGAGGAACAGAACACAGGCCAUGACACAGUUAUCAUUGGACAGCCAAUUCCCUGUCCAGCCCCUGGAGAUUCAGCAGAACACAAUGUGAUUGUUGGAAUGCCCAUUCCUGCCCAUAGCACUGGAAACUCAGAUGGAGACACUGUUAUACUGAUAACUUCAGACACACAUGUGGAGAUGGCAAGAUACUAGUCAACCUACAAACAACAAGUCUAAAGACUUGUUCAAGGGACAGUUCACCCAAAAACAAUCGGUUUGAUUUUCUUCUGUGGAACACAAAAGGAGAUGUUUGGGAGAAUAUUGAGAUGUUAGGCAGAAUGACAACCUCAGUCACCAUUUCCUUUUCCUUUUCAAAAAACAUAACAAAUGAUGCAAUGAAAGAGUGUUGACUAAAGGCUGGGUGAACUAUCCCUCGAAGAAGACUGACACAUCCCUGUUAAGUCCUUGUUUUCAGCAUGAGGUGUGUAGAAAUGUUAUCCCGGUGAGGAUAUCGCUGUUGAAUUGUACGUCAGUGGUUUGUAGUACACAGUGUCUGUGCAAUACGUGUGGCUCAUUUUAUCUCAAUAAUGCAGUUUAUGUUUACAUGAUUUUAUAAUUGCCUAUGUUUGCUUGAAUUGCAGAGACACUUUAUUUUUCUAAUACUUCUAAAUUAGUGUUUCUCAACUGAUGGGUUGCACAUAUGCUCUGACAAACAGCAGGGAAAGAUACACUGCUAAAUGCAAAUAAUAAAAUGCAAAUAUCCAUUAAUGUGCAUAGAUGGACCAGCAAAAUGAAUAGCCUUUUUUUACAAGGCAGGAGAAAAUAGCCAUAUCUUUUAGUUGACAUCCAAGAUCCUGCAUCCAAUCAAACUCUGCCGUAUUUUGGCACAACGAAAUGUGUUGUUUAGUAAUAUAAUACUAAUACAACAUCUAACUAGCCCAUUAUUUGAUCCAUUUGCUAGACUGUUAAUUUUCCUGUUCCACCAAUGUCAUGUUAAUGAUUUUGCAUAUUGUUGGGCCUAUACGGUCGGCAAUACAAAUACAUUUUAAUGUUAUGGAUUUAAUGUUUAAUGGACUUUUAAGGGCAUUUAUGUUUACUUAUGUACUAUAAACAAUAUUUGGUUCGCCAUUUGACGUCCAGUGUAAAAUGAGAACCACUGAUCUAGAGGACAAAAUAGAAAAUUCAGCAAAUGACCUCAUGAUAUAAAAUGUUAUCUGGAAGCGUACGUUUUUUUUAUAAUAGUAUCAGCAACCACUACAUUCCAUUUUUUUGAUCAGUUCUCUGGUUGUAAUCUCUCAUAUGCUGAAUAACAAUGUUAUGUGUGAACCAUAAUUACAGGUAGAUUUUCAUAAUUAAGUGAUAUUAGUUUUUAUGUGCCAAAUGUCUAAACUGCACAACAGUUCCUGUUGAUAGUGAAAAUUGUGUCAUUAUUCACCCUCAUGUUGUUACAAACUCUUAUGAAACUCUUUCUUCCGCAGAACACAAAAGGAGAUGAUGGGCAGAUUUACAGUCUCAGUCACCAUUCACUUUCAUUGUGUGGAAAAAGAUGCAAUCAAAGUGAAUGGUAACUGAGAAAUGUCCUUUUGUGUUUUGUGGAGGAAAAUAAGUCAUACAGAUUUGGAUAAAAAAAAAAAAAAGAAAAAACUUGAGGGUGAGUAAAUGAUGACAUAUUUUUCUUUUUUUGGGUGAACUGUGACAUUAAGAUUACACUGGACAUUAUUAAUACACUGGAACGUUGUUGUGUCUCUAAUGCGGUAUGGAAAAGAACAAAACCAACAUUAGUCCUUACCAUCUGUAUGUACAGUGAUACUUUAUCAAACAUUAUUUCAUUUCUCAGAAGAAAUGAAAAGUACUAUUUUAUAUCCUUUAUUUUGUCAUAACAAAAUUUUAGGGUAUAGCUAACUUAACAAAUAGCCUUUCUGCAGUAACCUUUUAAUUAUAAAUGGCAAAAAAAAAAAUCUAUAUAUAUAUAUAUAUAUAUAUAUAUAUAUAUAUAUAUAUAUAUAUAUAUAUAUAUAUAUAUAAAUCAAUCCUAUCACAACUACAUAUAUAUAAUGUACCAUGAUGUUGAUCUUUUUAUGUUCAAAUGAAGUUAGAGAUUUUUAUACAUAUGGAAUACAUAUCAAUUAUUACAGCCACAUGAUCAUAGAGCAACAACACAGGUGCUGUUUGUCUAAAAAUAGUGCUGUAAUUCUUCCACUUUAAUUGCAUCAUGCAGCGUCUGAUAAUUAAGAUGGUAAUUUGCAGAUUAAUCUUUUGUUGCUAAUGUUAUGGUAAUAUUUCUCAGGAAUUGUUUUGACGUAUCUUCUGUAUAAAUUGAUCUGAAUGUAUUUUUGUGUAUAAUUGAAAUGGUUGGCAUUGGCAACUUAAUGCAACUGCUGCUGUGAUAUUGAUUAGGAAUUAUGAAAAAUAAAUAAAUAUAGUUAA